CGACGGCGGAUCUGAAUCUGGACCACAGCGCGGGGUCGUAUUGGCCUGCGUGGUGGAUGGCGGGACGGCAUGUGCGGUUUACGCGCGCGGUACGAGAGCGGGCUCAGGCGCAGCUGCGUCGAGCGUUUGCGCUGUCGCCGGGGGAUGCUGUCCCAAGCUUCAUCUCUGUUCACGUUCGGCGAGGCGACUUCGUCGAGGUAUGUGGUGAUGUGCCCAUGAGCGAGUGCUUUGCCCCUCUAUCGGCCUACGUCAGGCGCGUGCAAGAGGUGCAGGAGGAACUAGAACAACGAGAGGGCGUGGCCGUCCGGCGCAUCAUCGUGUCAUCCAAUGAGCACGACCCAGCGUUCUGGUCCGAAGUCGACCGCCUCGGAUGGGCGCAUAUCGACUACGGCACGGGGGACACCAACGGCGGAUGGUGGGGGAUCAUUCUCGAUACCUGCAUACAGUCCAUGAGCGACGGAUUCGUUGGAACCUGGGGCUCUACCGUGAGCGAGCUUAGCCAGCGAAGAGUGCAGAGUUGGAACAAUGGACCGACGAGGAUGGUGCGAUGGGGACGACUGGGUGCAGACGACCACUGACAUGGGUAUACUAUGUGACGAUUACUGACUACGAGGGGUUGG